UGUGUGUGUGUGCGCGCGGAGCCGAGGGUCUAAACAGAUCGAUCACAGAGCAAAGCUCACACACAAACACAGACAGACUCAGGCUUUUUAGACCAGUGUCAGAAAAAUCCUGAUCCGAAGAAGCUGUAAAGAGUCAUCAGGAUCAGUUCUGUAUUAGACAUUUGAUCUGGACUUUUACUGAAUAAAACGCACAGAAAAAUCAUGUCAACAUACGACACGAGUGACACGGCGGUGCACCGCAGCAGAGGACGGACUGAAGAGAACGGCUCCAUCAGGCAGCAUGAUAAUCACUCAGAUACGAGCGAUAUAACACUGAGAAGGGAAGACAUGGAGAGGAUGAAAGCGGAGCUGCUCCGCCGCGUCCAAUCACGUCUGACCGAGCUCCUGGAGCGAGCACUCUCAGACUCCAUCCAGUCGCUCUACAGAAACACACACACACACCCGGAUCACACACACACCCGCGACAGGCACAAACUGGAUCAGGGGAAGGUGUUUGUGGCCCGAUGCUCUCUGCUGGAUGAGUUAUUUGAGAUCAGUCACAUCAGGACCAUCUACCACAUGUUUAUUGCUGCUCUCCUCCUCUUCAUCAUCAGCACUUUAGCAGUGGACUACAUCGACCAGGGCAGGCUGGUUCUGGACCUGGAUCUGUUCUAUUACGCGUUCGGUCAGCUGGGGACGGUGGUCUGGGCCUGGACGCUCAUGUUCUUAUACACUCUUCUCGGCCCGUAUCACGUCCUGAGCGUCUGGGCUUCACUGAAUGACGGCGGCGGCUGGAGGACUCGUGUGUCUGCGUUGACGGCGCUAACGCUGUGUGUGGCGCAGACGAGCAUGCUGGGAAUCUUUCCCGUGUACGUGGUCCUGCGUUAUCAGCUGCCGCCCGCUUCACGAUUCAUCAUCAUACUAGAACAGAUCAGACUGGUGAUGAAGAGCUACUCGUUCAUCCGUGAAACCACGCCGGCCGUUCUCAGGAGCGCGCGGCGGACGGGUGACGCCGAUAAACAGCAGCCUCACACGAGUGGAGUCAAACCCCGAGAGCCCCUGAGAUACCCGUCUCUCUCCAGCUACCUGUACUUCUUGUUCUGCCCGACUCUGAUCUACCGGGAGGUUUAUCCGCGAAACCCGUGCGUCAGAUGGAAUUAUGUCGGCAUGAACUUUCUGAAGAUCUUGGCCAGUCUGUUCUACCUGUACUUCAUCCUGCAGCGCCUGUGCAUCCCUGUGUUCAGGAACAAGAGCAACCAGCCGUUCAGCACACGCACGUUCAUCCUGGCGCUCUUCCACGCCGCUUUUCCAGGGAUGCUUAUUUUAAUGUUGGGUUUCUACGCCUUCCUGCACUGCUGGCUGAACGCCUUCGCCGAGAUGCUGCGCUUCGCCGACCGGAUGUUUUACAAAGACUGGUGGAACUCGACGUCUUUCGCUAAUUACUAUCGCACGUGGAACAUCGUGGUACACGACUGGCUUUAUCACUACAGCUACAGAGACUUCCUCUGGCUGACGGGACACAAGCUCCGAUCGGUCGCCACGCUCUCCGUUUUUGCCAUUUCUGCGUUAGUUCACGAGUACGCCUUCACCCUGGGCUUCGGGUUCUUCUACCCGGUCAUGUUCUGCACGUUCGCCGGCAUCGGAGUGGUGUUCAACUUCGCCAUGAACGACAAGAGGAAGAGUCCGGUGUGGAACAUCAUCAUGUGGACGUGUCUGUUCAUCGGUCAGGGCGUGCAUGUGUGUCUGUACUGUGUGGAGUGGUACGCUCAGAUCCAGUGCCCUCGCAGCGGGACGAGUUUCUGGGAGCUGGUGACGCCGAGAUCAUGGACAUGCUACCAGUGACCUCUCUGAACACACUUCUUACUUUAAUUGAAUGUUGAUUUUAACUGUGUGUGUGUGUGCGUUUGUAUACAUACAUAAACACACACACACAUAUACAUACAUAUAUACACACACACACACACAUAUAUAUAUAUAUAUAUAUAUAUAUACA